AUGUGUGGGGACUGUGUGGAGAAGGAAUAUCCGAACCGGGGUAACACCUGCUUGGAGAAUGGAUCCUUCUUGCUGAACUUCACAGGCUGUGCAGUGUGUAAUAAGCGAGAUUUUAUGCUGAUCACAAACAAAUCCUUGAAAGAAGAAGACGGGGAAGAAAUAAUAACCUACGAUCAUCUGUGUAAGAACUGUCAUCACGUAGUAGCCAGGCAUGAGUAUACGUUCAGUACCAUGGAUGAAUUUCAGGAAUAUACCGUGCUGUGUCUGUUACGUGGCGAAGCUGAAGAUACCAUCAGUAUCCUCCCUGAUGACCCCCGACAGAUGACACUGUUGUUCUAA